AUGACGUGUGCUAACAAUAGUGGUUCACUUUGUCCACCGAGUGUUCGUAAAUCACUGUCUACUGAUUCAUUAAAAUUAUCUCAAACGAAUAACGAUCAACAGCGGCUUGGUUUACUGCACAUAUUCAAUUCAUGUGUAUUAGAUAAAAAUCGACGAGUAAAUGCUGGCGAAUUGGUUCGCCAUUUCAAAUUUGUUGCCGAACAAAAUUCGGAUACGUUGUCGAUUGAAAUUGAUUUUGAUUAUUUACUUUCUGAAUUGGGUGGUCGAGAUCAACAGGUGACAUUUAAUACAUUACACAAAGCCGUUGAGUCACUCUAUCAAAAAUGUUGCGCAAAUUCUGAUAAAAGCAAUGAUUCCACACCAUCAGUAUCAAAAUCCAUUCCGUCGUCGAAAUCAGCAUCAAAAUCAAUUAAUGAUUUUAGUGGUGUUGGUAGCACAAGUGACGAUGUAUCGGAUAGUCCAUUUGAACAACAACAGCAACGCAUUUUAAAACGAUACAAACAUGAUCAUGAAAAAUGUUUAGUUGAACAAGCUGAAUUACGUGAACUGAAUCGUCGUCAACUAGAAAAAAUUCAUAUGUUAGAAGAAGAGUAUAAAAAAUUAGAAGAUGAAACACAAAGAUUAGUUCAAGAGAAAAAUGAAUUAGUGAAAAAAAAGACAAAUUUAGAAGAUGAUUUAAAUCGUAGUUUACACUAUGCAAAUGAAAAUUUAUCAUUACAUAUGUUUUUGGAUAAAUUGGAAAAUAGUCGAAAAGAAUUAAAAUCAGAAAUGGAUUUUUGUGAGCGCGAAAAGUUUGAAUGCUAUGAAACGAUUUCUGAUUUAGAAGUACAAAUUAAAACUUCUGAUGAAGAACGUGAUCAAUGUAUUAAAAAAUUAAUUGAUACUGAAUAUAAUUUAAACAAAGAGAUAGAAAUACGACAGUGUUUAGAUAUUCAACUAAAUCAGGCAAGAACACAAUUGAAAGAUAAUGAUAAUGUCAUUAAAUGUUUACAAACAACUGUUAACGAUUUAGAACUAGCUAAUCAGGAUAUGACAAAGAAAACUCAUUUAUUAUCAAAAACUAUUGAUAGUUUACGUGAACAAUUGCGAUGUGCUAAAACUGAAUCAAUCGAAGCACGUUUAUCUAUGUCAAAUUUAUGUGAUGAAGAAAGUUUUUUAUGUGAUGAAUUAGAAGAACCGGUUAAUAAUAUUUCAAGAAAAACAAAUGUACAAUACACCAAUGAUGCACAAUCAUUAUUUGCUGAGAUUAACACAAUUGAUUGUAUAUCAAAUGAAUGUGUAUUAAAUUGUUUGGACUCAUCUCAAAUGGAAACUAUUGAUGAUAUGGAAGUACAAAUAUUAUUGUCAAAAGAAGAUACAUUUGAUUAUAAUUAUCUUAAAGAUGUUUUUCAUGAAUUACAUUCAAAUGGUUCAACAAUGAAUGUUCAUUUAUUAAAUUUACUAGAAAAAGCACAAUGUGCACAAGAUCGAGAACAUAUUUUGUCAACAUCACAAGAUCUCAAUAAACAUUUACUUACAAUUAAAACGUUAAUUAAAAAAAUAAUCGAUAAUAAACAAGUAUUUGAAGGACGAUUUCGAAAACUACGAAUGUUACUAGUUGCUACUCGAGAAAAACAACAUAUAAUUGAAAAUGAUUUAACAAAUUUUUAUCGCUUGAUUGAUCGUCAACUGGUACCAGAACCAAUAUCUCAAUUUUCUCUUGAAAAAAUAUUAAAUUUUUAUCAAAUGGAAAUUAAACGUUUAAAACAAAUUGAACAAGAAUUACUUAAAACAAAAAAGUACGUUGAAAUCGAACUUUUUUUAACAUUUUAUUUGAGACUUGUAUCGAAAAAACUGUUAUUCUUCGACUAUAAACAAAAUGAAAACACUAAAAGAAAGUCACGUUCAAAUAAACCCCAACUGACUGUAAGUACAAAAUUACCAAAUUUAACUGCUGGUGUUUGUCCGUUCCAUUCUGUGAGAGAAUGUUUUCGUUCGGAUUAUGCAUUGUAUUAUUCCACUGCCUCCCUCCUACCAUGUCGUUGUCUCAUUCGUUCUCGUUCAAUGCCGCAUAUCGUUGACACUUGUCAACACUCAGAACAAAGUCAACGUCACUCUUCUUCUCGUACUCGUCGCUUAUCAUCACCAUGUGAUUCUCAACAACCCGUCACCACCACGGAUUCUGGUCUCAAUACUCAAUCAUCUCGUUGUACAACACCCGAUUUAAAUCUUAAUGAUUAUGACGAUUCUUUAGAAGUAGAAGAAGUGUUAAAUAAAACGCUGACACAAGAUGAUUAUCAAAUAUUACCCAUAUCGCCUAUACUAAAUCAAAAUAAUAACAAUUAUCGAAAAAAUUACCGAAAAAAUAGUAGAAAUAAUUAUACUAAUCGUGCUGCAAUAAAAAUUCAAAAAUAUUCUUUUAGAAAACGAUUACAAAAAGUAUGGAACAGAUAUCGUCCAUCGAUUAUUCUAUUUACUCUCUUAAUUCUAUUUUACUUUUGUACAGUUUUAAUUCGUUAUUUUCUUUUAACAACAUCGUCCGAUGAUGACUGUACGCGAAUAUCCAUGGCAUUUUAUCCAUUUGCUUAUUGUUCUAAAAUCGGUAUUACACUAUAA